GACCCGAGCCCGAUCUGGCCGUUCCUGUCCCAAGUCCGGAGUCCUGAAGCCGUUGACUCUCGUCUUCUUCGUCGCUUGAUCUCGUACAGACAAUCUCUUCAACGGCAAAACUCCACAGCAAUGCCCUCGAAAAUGCCGCCCCUGGCCUGUCCUCCGUCACGGCCCACCAAAAAACAUACGUGAGGCCUCCGCCGAUCCUGCCGAAACGAAGCAGACGAAAGGCCCAAGCGCACGGUUUGAAACGUGCAGCCAUACCUUGACGGGACUAGAAACUCGGUUCCCUUCCCGUUGCUGACUGUUGGCACUCAACUUUGAAACAACAGAUCUUCCAUCACGCCCGAUUUAUCGCUCGUCUGACGGCACCCCUUUCCUGACACUGUUUGGACCCUACCUUGCGCGACUGUCCCCGCUCUUCGCUUGUCUCUAUCUCGCCCUGUCGCGUGAUUCUCAGGCUUCGAAGGCUUUGAGAACGAAAGGCCCGCAAACACUUCGGACGGCUCCAACGGUUGAGAGCCCUGAAAAUCGGCUGCUGGACAGUUCCGCAACUUCCGCUGAAAAACUGUACGGCUGGUGCCGCGAUGAGGCUGAACAAGGGGGUGUCGUUGAUCUAAAUUUCAACUGCCCAGACGCCAGCCCAUGACACGGAGGGAUUGACAGACAAAAGAGCCGUGAAACCUCUUCUUACAUCACUUCUCUUCCUCCUUCGGAUCCUUCUUGCAACGCAUUCCUUCGCCUUACGCGUGUCUAUUUGAGCUCCGGAAGGUCACGAUAGACUACGCUCCUCAUUCUUGCCUUCAUUUUUACCAUUGUGUCGUUCUUUCCAUUACAAUCCACAGUCAUGCUUUUGUCCGCAUCCAGCCUGGUGCUGCUUUCCCUUGCUUCAUCAAUCCUUGCUAAGACCGAUCUUGCUGGCUGUACAUCCACAGUUUCCGGGGCUUCCAUUCUUUACUAUGUUCCGGACACUGGCGAAAUCUGCUCGAUACUCGAUUGCGGUGGUGGACGAGCGCCUCCAAAAACAGACGUGCCGGGAUGUGCAGCGUACCAAGGAAGUGCUCCGUACAUGCCCAGCUAUCUUUCCGGUUUUGGGUCUACUGCCACCCUAACUUCGACUGGUCCAGUACCAACGACGGGUAUUUUGACAGAUUCAAGCAUUCCCUCUCCGGCAUCGACGUUGAUUUCAAUUGCUUCACCCGCAAGUCUGUUGGAAACGACUACGACUCUUAGCUUCGCAUCGACAGCAAGCUUGGUAACAUCAUCUUUGAUCUAUGAUACUUCCGUUGCCAGCUCUUCGGUGACCAAAGAGGCCGUAAUCACUUCGGCAUCUGCAGCCUCGACCGCAACCUCGAAUGCUGCGGUACGAGCGAAAGAUGGCAGGGAAUUCAUGGUGGCUGCCCUUGGUGCUGUGGCUGCUUUUGCUCUCUGAAAACACUUCCAAACCGACAUCUGCCAAUCUCAUGUUUGACAUAAUCCAUGGUAUGCAUCUGGCUUAUGUGCCUACUUGCAUGUCACAAGAAUACUAGUGUGUAAUGGGACAAUGAAAUCCACAUGGAUCGUCACGAAGGGCGGAAUGAGUGGGCCAGAGAACAAAGGGCUUGCGGACGAAGCUAGACCUUAUGAAAUGCAUACGUAUGAGGAUUUUGCACUCGAGUAUUUACAGAUACAUCACGGGAGGGGGGAAGACGGCACCCUGACGUAUGGAAUAUACGACGUUCUUCUACGUCAUCAUUGUCUGGGGACACAGUUGUUUAGCACAUCGAGGUCCCUGGACUGGUAAAUAGCAAUCUCAAUGGUCACGCACUGCCUCAAGUUCGACGGCAACUA